UCCCCUACAAACCAAGGGGGAGAGAGAGAGAGAGAGAGGGAGUGAGAGUGAGAGAUGGUGGUAGGGCAGCAAGCGAGAAAGGCCCUUGUGGAGAGUCCGAAGAAGGUAGCCAACCUGAUUGACCUCGCCAACCUUCCAUCCAACCUUAGAGAAUUCGUGGGCCAGUCUCAGAUCUCUCGUCUCGGAUGCUUCAUCAAAGUUUGGUCGUACAUCAAGGCCAACAAUCUCCUGGAUCCAAACAACAAAAACAUAGUGAAUUGUGACGAUAAGUUGAAGAGUAUUCUGUUGGGCAAGCCUCAGGUUGAGCUAGCCGAACUUCCGAGCCUCAUAAAGCUCCACUUCCCAAAAGUGCCCAAGCAGAGUUAAACCAUGAAAGUGGGCCCCACAUUCCAGGCUAAUUCCCUAACUGAUGGACGGUGGAUGUCACAGGGACAUGUGAUGGGCUCCUCAUAGCUUCCACCCACUGGGGCCCAGCGAUGAUGAACAAACCCAUACAUGAUUACAUUUCACUCUAUUCUCUGUAUAUGAUUUGGCUUGGAGAGUAUGAGUAGUCCAUGAAAAAGUGACAAGGGCCCUCCACUUUUUUUUAGGCCGUUCGUUCCAGCAGCCAAUAGGAGGGCCGUAGAAAGGAGAGAACUGUACAUCUAGUGGAUCCUCUGUUGUGGGCCCCAUCAAAAUUUGUGGAUUUCAUGGGGGAUGAUGAUGAUGAUCAAUCAAUCUCUUUCAGAAAUUGGCAAACAAGUCCACAUGCUUGUCUGAUGCUAUCUAUUACUAGUGGCUACUACCAUCUCCAUUA